AAUUAGUACUGGUUGGAUUUUUACUAUCAUUCGACCGUACGAAGGAGAGAAGCAACAUUUUUCGAUAUUAAAAGCACCACCUACCCUUUAAUACACAUCAAUUGCGACCUAGAUAUCAUGCCGCGUCCUAAACGGACUAAGGUUGCCUCCUCGGCGCCUGUAGUCGAGACAUCAUCGAGAUCCACGGGAAAGAAUGGACCGAAUUCUGGAAGUAGUAAUACUCUAAAAAUUCAAAGCCCCAGGGGCUCAGUGACAGAACGAAAUGUCUUGGAGGAAGUGAGAAACACAAAUCAAGACGGUCGACGAAGGAGCCGACGAAGUGUUUUCAGCAAGCAAGAGUUGGUAUUGAGCGGGGAAGUCGACACUACUCGAAAUGCGGAUGGACAAGAAGGAAACGUCAAUGAAGCUGAUGAGGCGAGAGAAAACAAUGAAGAACAAGUUAGGAUUGGGGACAGCCAAAUUGAGAAUGAUGCCGAGAUCUCCCCGCAAGACCCGGUUGCAACUCAUACACCUGCGAGACGGCGAGGACGACCAGCACGCACCAAGCUGGUACAAAACACAGAGCACGAAAAGAUUCUUGAAGCACUACGCGCACGAAGAGAGGCCGCAAUCAGGGCUCAGAAUGAGGAGAUUCAAGUCCCUUCGACGCCUCCGGAAGAAGCCUUACUUGGCGCAGCAACGCCGAAGUCCAACAACCGAAUUAACAGCUCAGUUCUCACAUCUGGUGGUCGAGGAAGGCGAGCACAUGGCACACCAUCAAUGGAGAGCUCUAUUCUGGCGAUUGCAAAUUUCAAACGCCGACCUCGUCAACCUAGCAUUCUUCGUAUGGUCCAGCAGGACCGUGACAAUCAAUCCGGAGAUGACGAUGAGGAUGAUUUCAAGCCUGACGACGAAUCUACACCUCUGAAUCUGAACAGAACAAGAACACAAAUCCCCCCCGAAACCCCAGCAAGCUCCUCCUCCCCGCCUGCAUCACAGGAGCUCCCCCUAUCCUCGGGCUCGCGGAAACGUAAAUUGGUUUCUACUCAGCCAAUCUCGGGUGCGCAGGAGGAGGGAAAUGUGCAAGUCCCUCGGUCAUCUCCUCGUGAAGGAUCUCCUCGCGAAUCUUUGUCGGAACGCGAAUCUCUGUCGCCACCUCCGCGAAGUCUGGCUUCUGAAGAGGAAGACAUCAACCAAAGUGCAGAGGAUGCCAGUCCCAGUGAUGGUGAUCAGCAGUCUCAUGGUUCAGAAAUCUGGAGCCAAACCAUGGCACCACCAGCAAGUUCGUUUCUUGCUGACAGUCCUGGAAGCCCCGUACAGCCACAGCGCCCCUUGCGGUCAAAGAACUCUGCACGACAGGCAUCACGACAUAGUGCUGUCGGAGGGGAAGACGGCGACGAUGACGAAGAUGAGGGAGUAGCAUCGGCUGCCGAGUCUUCAAAUGACGACCAAGACGACCAUGAAGAAACGCCGACACGCAAAAAGACAAUAUCACGUCAAUCUCAAUCUCGGCCAAGACGUGCUGCAGCAUCCGAUUCAAACAACACAGCCAAGAACACAAGACCGUCCAAGUCAAAUCGGAAAUAUGACAAAGAUCCCUUUGCCAUCCCAACUGCAACUCUACAGGGUCUCCUCCCACGCCGCCGCCGUCGACGUCGUGGGCCAGGCGAAAGUCGUGGUCGAUAUGACAAUGAGGGCGAUGAGUUUGAUAUUCCCAGCAGUGGCGCCGAGGACAACGAAGAGGCUACAAGUACCAUUCUUGUGGACGAUAAUGACGAUGACGGCGAUGCGGAUGCGGAUGCGGAUGAGCUAGCUCGGCCUGGUCGGCCUGGUCAGAGACUCGGCGCAAACAAGAACGCAAAUAAGUCUUUGCCGAUGCUCGCCCACAAGACAAACAAAAGCACUCAAUCAAAGGUUUCUGCUGGUGCGAAAGGAACAGCCUCUGCCAAAACAUAUGGCGCCCGUCGUCAUCGUCAACGCCGGGCUGCUUCCUCUGACAAGGAGAAUGAUAAUGAUCUGCAAGCCAAUGGUGAGACGACACCAAAGGGCAACGCAGAAGCGGCGGUGAAGACGAAAGAUUCUCGAGAAUUAAACCGCAUGAAGGCAAAGUUCCAGCAGGUCGAUGACUGGGCGCUCGAUUUUGAAGCGGUUACAGCGAGUAGUAGUCCCCCUUCAUCAGGCAUGGCGAGAUAAUUUUAUCUUUUCCGUCAAAGGGCGGACUGUCGAGAUUACGAAAGAAGAAAGGGUUCAAAUAUGGAGAGACGUGGUUAGGCAAGAGGUGUAGGAGCCUCUUCCUACCUCAUACCUUUCUGGAUAUGAUAUUUGAGUGCUUGAAGCGUGAUAUUUAUCUUGCUCUCCUGUUAUCUCCACUGUUUAUCGUGAGCGUUUCAAAUGGUCAUUUAAGGGUUGGAUGCUUGCAUGAUUCUUAAUUCGCGUUGCUUUCCAUUUUCGUGUUCUACUGGCUCCU